GAACCAUCUCUCCCUUAUAUUCUCUCAUGUCUUGAGAAUGUAGAGAGAGAGAGAGAGAGAGAGAGAGAAUGGAAGAACAAGUGGAUUUGGUAGGGAGGUCAUUUGUGGAUCAUUACUACCAUCUCUUUGACAAUGAUAGAUCUUCUCUGUAUUCUCUGUACCAACCCACCUCCAUGUUCACAUUUGAGGGCCAGUUGAUACAGGGGGUUGAAGAUAUCUCAAACAAGCUUAACCAAUUGCCUUUUGACAAAUGUCAACACGAUAUUAGCACCAUCGAUUCACAGCCGUCGUGCACCGGAGGCAUCAUGGUUUUUGUCAGCGGCAGCCUUCGACUGUCAGGAGAGGAGCACUCUCUCAGAUUUAGCCAGAUGUUUCAAUUGAUUCCAACAAUGCAAGGAAGCUUUUUUGUGCAGAAUGACAUUUUCAGGCUCAAUUAUGGUUGAAAUUGAUCCGUUGUUGUUGUUGUUCUCCGUUGAGUUCUGAUAAUUAAUAUAAUUGUAAUUGCUUUUUUGUUGAUUCAACCAAAAAGCUUCUCUUUUUCUGAAUUCUUGGUGGUUUUUCUAAUCCAAAAUAAUCUGAGAGAAUAGAUUGUUCCA